AUGGUCGAGGUUGCGCUGAACGAUGGGGCGAAUGUGAGCGGGUGCGAGGGGUGCCGGCCUCUCGUGAUGGCAGCAGUCCACGCGCAGACCGAGAUCGCGCAGCUCCUGAUCGAGAGGGGAGCCCACGUCAACGCGGGGGUGACCAACGCAUCGAUGGGCACACGAGAGCGCAGCCACCGGGCCCCUGGCUUGAGUGGCGCCUUGGAGGUCUUGAUCAAGGCUGGCGUGAACCCCGACCAGGUAGAUGCCGAAGGCUGGACGACGUUUCUUCACGCCGUGGAGGUUGGAAAUCCGGAAAAGAUUCGCAGGAUUUUGGCACUAUCUCCGGCCGCGCUCGGCCGCAUCGCGUGGGACGGCAUGUUGGCGCUACAUGUGGCUUGCAACGAGGGCCACUUGAGCGCGGUAUCUUGGCCCCUUUCGUUGGGGACGAAACACCCGAAAACAACAAGUCGGGACCACUGCCCGCUCGCCGUUGCCAUCAUCAAGGGGCACGAAGACAUUGCCAACACUCUUCUCGCAAACCUGAGCGCCGUUGGAGGCGUGGAGUUGGCCGCGGAGAUGGCUCCGACUUAUGCGAUAACCCAGAGCCGCGGGAAGAUCCUUCGAAUGAUGCUCAACAUCACGGGAGAGGAAAACGCCCCUGGCGGGAACGCGCUCCUGGCCGCCGGAGCCAACGAAAACGCGACCGGCCAAGGGGGGCAGCGACCGAUCGACGUCAUCGGGACCAUAGACCUGCAAAAUCCUCCGCUCAGCCGGCUGCACCCGAGGACACCCACCCGGUUCAGGGACCCCGUCAAAGAAGCGGAAAUCCGACGGACGGUAGAGCGGGCCCCAGCUUUCCGUGCUUGGUCUUGGGCUUGGCCUGCGUUCGAAGGGGCGGGUUGUAGCACCACCGCAGCUAUUUUUGGCAGCAGCACCUGCAAUGUGCUCAACAAGGCCUCCGGGCAAGGGAGGAAGACGAGGACACCGUUGGUUGUGCAAAUUCACCGACCCGAGAGAAACAAGUUGCUUUCAAGGAUCCUGAGGAGGUGA